CAACACCAAAUUUCCCAUCUUAACCAUUACAUCCCACUAUCACCAGUCUCGUUGCCCCUCACUUGCGGAUUGUGAGCCGUUUGCAUUCAACCAUAUCUACCCAUCGAAAAUCGCCCGCCAUGUCUUCCGCAUUCCGAGAAUCGUCGCUGUCAGCCAGCCUCAACCGCCAGUCAUUGGCGGCGACUCCGUCCGUCGCAGAGACGCUGCCAAAUGCGAACUUUGGCUUCGAAGAGCUCCGCGAUCGCAUGACCAAAUUCACUUCGAAAUUCGACACGUUUAUUGAGCAAGGCAGAAAGCGCGUGCUGGAGGAGAGAAAUCAAUUCCGCAUGAACGUGGCAGAACUUCAAGAGGACCAACGCAUGAAGAAGAAGGAUAUUGAGAUCCUCCAACUCAAGACUAGCACACACCAACAGACGGUCGCCAAAGAAAAGGCAGAAACCCGCGAAAUGCAAGCAGCCAUCGCACAACUAUCAGAAGAACGCGACAAGCACAUUGCGACACGAGACGCCCUCAAGAAGCAGAUAGAGGAGACACAGCGAGAGAUUGACGCCAGGCUGGCGGCACAGCGGGCACACACGAAGCAGCUCGAAGCACAGUCGCGGUUCAACGUACCCGAGCUCGAGUUCUGGCAGCAGAAUCUGGGACUGCGCAUCGAAGGCGCAGGGCAGGACGACCGGCUCAAGUUUGUCUAUACGUACGUCGACGACCAGGACUGGGAGAGAGAGGCAUGGUUCGAGCUUAAUACGUCGAGCCGGGACUACGACAUUCGGCACUGCCGACCCAAGCUGGAGCGCGAGCGGGUGGAGCGGGUGCUGGACCAGCUUAACGAGACGAGAGAGCUGGCGGUGCUGCUCAAGGGUAUGCGAGAGCUGUUCGUCGAGGCGAUGAAGAAUUAGACUCGGAAGUGUCUCUGGUGGGAGAGUUUUAUUGGCUCCGUGCCAUGACGAUGUUGACGAUACCGAUGCUAGCUAGCCUUUUCUUCUUUUUCUUCAAUGGAUACCCAGAUUUGCGCGCAUUGCUGGCCCAAGGAGGCUGGAACAAGGGUCACUCGAAAGGAGUCAGAUGUGUCUCUUGACAUCGCCACCCAUGGGUCUAGAACAACUAUC